AUGAGUGACCCCAUCGACCCCAAAAUGCCGGAGUCCAAAGCGCAUGGCGGCACUCCAGAGGUUGACAAGGAGGUGCAGGUAGAGAACGUUGGCGAUAAAAAUAUUGACGAAAAGGUGGACCAUGAUCACGAUGAGAAGGCGGACUACAAACUCGAUGAGAAUGCAAAGAUCGCCGAUUACAAGGCGGAUGCCAUCGAAGCAGAGAAUGCAGAGCAUAAUAUGACCGUGCUCGAGGCCGUUCGAGCGUAUCCCAUGGCUUCCUUCUGGGCGUUUGUUAUGUCUUUCACAAUUAUCAUGGAGUCGUACGAUGUCUUUCUCUGCAACAACUUCCUCGCUCUAGGUGCUUUCAGGGCAAAGUACGGCGACCCUGUCGAUGACAACCCGUUGAACAAUGUCGUUGCCACCAGGUGGCAGUCCGCACUCUCUGUGUCUGGGCAGCUCGGUGCGCUUGUUGGCGUCUGCCUCGCUGGCUCUCUCACGAGUUGGUUGGGAUACCGCUAUGCAACCUUGACUGGCCUGAUGCUCUUGAAUGUCUUCAUCUUCGCCUUUUACUAUGCAGAAUCAAUGCCCGUCAUCUUCGCGGCCCAGAUUCUCGAGGGCAUUCCCUGGGGCAUCUUUAUUGCCAAUGCGCCGGCAUACUGUAGCGAGAUUGUGCCUAUCCAGCUCCGAGCCCCCUGCACCCAGAUGCUGCAGAUGUUCUGGGCUAUUGGCAGUAUAGUUGUUGGCGCUGUGACCUACAGCUAUCAGGGACUUGACAGCCCUCUAUCUUAUAAGGUCCCGAUUGCUCUUCAAUGGAUGUUCCCGACUCCGCUAGCCAUCCUUGUUUUCUUCGCUCCCGAGUCCCCCUGGUGGCUUGUUCGAAAGGGACGCCUGCAAGAAGCAGAGCACGCUGUAGGGCGUCUUGGACGGAGAUCCAGACUCAACACUGGCGAGACCGUAGCCAUGAUGCGCCGUGUCGUUGAGCUAGAGGCCACCUCUAAGCCACCCAGCUACAUUGAGCUGUUCAAAGGCACGGAUCUCUAUCGUACUCUGAUUGUGUGUGGUGUGUACGCGUCCCAGAACCUCACGGGCAACCUCAUCGCCAACCAGGCCGUUUACUUUUUUGAGCAGGCGGGCAUGAGUAACAAAACUGCCUUUGCCCUGGGUCUUAUCACCUCUGCCUUGCAGAUGAUCUUUGUCAUGCUUUCUUGGAUUCUCACCACGUACUUUGGUCGACGCACUAUCUAUCUCUGGGGAUCAGCUAUCAACAUCAUCUUUCUCAUCGCCCUCGGUGUCGCAGGAUCGGUCGGGAAGAGCAAUGCGAGCUCUCUGGCUCAAGCCUCCUUGGGACUUAUCAUCUCGGUGCUCUUUACUUUGGGACCUGCCCCCGCCUCAUGGGUCAUUAUUGGUGAAACAUCAGCCAUCCGUCUUAGGCCACUGACUACUGGAGUGGGCCGCGCUUCAUACUACAUCAUAGAAUUUCCAUGCAUCUUUUUGGCAAGCUGGAUGCUCAACCCCGAGGGCGGAAAUCUUGCUGGUAGAUGUGGCUAUGUUUGGGCUGCUACAGGUUUGGUCUGCUACGUCCUGGCAUACUUCUUCUUGCCUGAGAUGAAGCAUCGGUCCUACCGUGAGAUUGAUAUCCUAUUCAAGCGUAAAGUUCCGGCUCGGAAAUGGGCAAAGACCGAGAUCGAUGUCGAUGACGACGAGUAA